AAAGUAUGAGAUAAAUAUUUGCUUUCUCAAUAUUGGCUAUUAUUAAUGUUAUUAUAUGCUAAAAUAAUAGCACAUAACAAAUCUAAAAGAUAUUUGAUGAUUAAGGAAUUCAUACAAUUUAUUAUAACAACACCUUUAAAUUAACUGGGCUGAAUAAUGCCAAUAUAGUAUUUUCUCUAGAAAAUAUGACAAUAAUGGAUUCUUUCUUGAUUGAAGGAAAUGAUUUAAGCUUUACUUUUUCAGAGUUUACUUUAAGAAAUGUUUCGAUUGGACUUAAUAAUUAGAGUUUAUUUGUGUUAAGUCAAACGAAGAGUUUUGUAAUAAAUAAUAUGAAGCUUGAAAAUAUUGAAAUUUUCACACCUAUUUUCUCUGUCAAUUAUUUAGAAGGUUUUAGUAUUGAAAGAGGAUAAAUUAUAAAUAGCUAUCUUGAGAAAGGGUUUGGUAGCUUUUAGGAGGUUUAAUCAUUUAUUAUAAAGUAAUCCAUUGUUGAUAUAGAUACAAUUUAAAAUUUGAAUGAACCUUUUUACAAAUUAAAUAACACUAAAAUGUUUCAUUUUGAAAACUGCAAAUUUGGUAUUCUAUCAAGAAAUUCUUUGAAUAAAGAUUAAUAGAAAGAAGUCUAUCUCACAGAGAAAGAAUAAAGCAAAUAAAAUAUUCCAAGUUUCAUUUAAAAUCAAAAGUAUUUAAAUUUUAUUGAAGUCUAUGGUAAUAAAAAGCUUUAUUAAGGUAGUGAAUCCUAUUUAAAGUUCAUAUAAGCUGAUUUUAAUAACACUAAUAUAAGAUUUUUACUUAUAUCUUCUUAAAUAGAGCAGAAAAUAAUAAUUUAAUUUUGUUAAUUUGCUAAUAUGAAGAGUGUAAGUUCAGGUGGCUGCAUAAGCAAUUUAGGUGUCGCUAUGUUAGAAUUCACAAAAACAAUCUUUGAUACAUGUUAAAGCUAAAUGUUUGGAGGAGCUAUUUACUCAGCUAAUCUAAAUGUAACAGAUGAAUUGAUCGUUUAGAAUUGCAAAAGUAAAAUAGGAGGAGGUGCAUUUUUAGGUUUAAGAGCUGAAGAUAAAAUGCUACUUGAUGCAGAAAAAAUUAAGUUUAUUAAUAAUAAAGCAACAGUUUCAUCUUAAUAAUAUUUUGCUUGCACAAAUUAGAUUGAUUCUUUUUAAAUGCCACAUUGUAAUUUAUUUGAAAUCGAUUCUUUAUUUUAAUUAAAUACAGAAUUAGUUAAUACAUAGUACUAUAUGGUGUAAUAGUAAAUAAACAUAGAAAAAUUAGUUACUCCUCCUUAUAUUAUUUAUCAUAUGUCACUUCAGCAAAAUAUGAUUUAUUUAAUAAGACUUAAAGUUGAAUAUAAGUGUGCAGAAUAAAAACAACUAUGUAGUGUUAGUGAAUUUGAUGAAUUUUAAUCAAUCGGAAAUCUCUAUGAUUUUAUUGAGGAUAAUCUUAAAUAAUAUUUUUACAACUUUAAUUUACCAAACGUGAAUUAUCCUUAUCUCUUAACAAGCUAUUUUGAAUAUUUUGAUUGCAUCAAUUCAUAUAUCGAUCUAUUUGAACUUUAAUUCUUUUAAAUACAUUUUUAUUAUAAAAAUUCAAGAUUUGGCUGCUAUAACCCAACAAAUAAUUGUCAAAAAGGUAUGGAGCAAGUACUAAAUGUGUAAAAAUAGUAAAUCUAAUGCAAAUAUUGUAGUUUUGGUUCUUAUAGUGGUGAUCCAUAAAAUAAUUGUGCUAUUUGUGAAACAGAAAAAUUUGAUAAAUGUUAUGCUGAUGUUUCUUAUCUAAAAUAAAAUCUUUGGAGACCUCAAAAUUCUCAAUUUAGCGAAACAUACCUUUGUGAGCUAAAUUAAUAAAGUUGUAAUGGGGAAAAGAGAUAUGGUUCUGGAAAUGAACUAUGUUUAGAGGGAUAUAUUGGACCUUAAUGCUUAACAUGUGACAUAAAUGGUGAAUAUUGGAAUGGUGAAUCAUAUGGAUUAUAAGGCUAUUUUUAAUGUGCUAAAUGUAGCACUCUUUAAAAUAAUACUUUAUUUAAUUAUUUAUCUGCUGCUUUCUCUCUCUUUUUAUUUUUCUUUACAGUUAGAGGUAGUUUUAAAAGAAUGUAAAAUUAGAUUUAUAGAAGAUAUCUUUCUUUCUAUAUGAAGAGAAUAUAUAUUGGAUAUAGCUUCAUUAGAUAAAACUAGUCCUCUGUCUAUACAAAGAUACUUCUUUUUAAUUUCUAGAUGUAUUUAUUGACAUAUUACUUUGUUGAUUUUAAUCAUUAUGACUAUUCGAUUCAUAGCAGAAUUUAUAGCUUUUUUAAUCCAUUGCAAAAUUAAGGAGGAACUUCAUACGACUGUUUUCUUAAAUAAUACUUUGAUAAAGCUGAAAGUUUAGGGUAUAUCAAGCUAUUAAUAUCUAUUAUGUCUCCUCUUGUUCUUAAUUUUUGCUUUUUGAUAUUUAUUGGCAUCUUUAGUUGUAUCAGAAAAAAAAAUUAUUUCUUUAUUAUCAUUAGCAGUUUCACGUACAGCAUCAUUUUCGUUUUUUAAUAAUCAAUUAUAUCAUAUUCUAUUGAAUCUUUUACAUGCAUUCAGCUUACGUAAAAAGAUUAAUACUUAAUGAUUGAUACAAGUAUUAAUUGCAGCAAUUAACACAUGAUGAAUUCUAUGAAAUAUUUAAGCAUUCCUGCUCUAAUUAUAUAUGUGUUUGCUCUACCUAUAGCUUUAUUUGGGUAUAUCUAUGCUAAUAGAAGUAAUUUGGAAAAGACCAAGAUUCUGAUUAUAUUUGGAUUUAUGUAUGAUGAAUACAAAAGAAGAUACUUUUAUUGGUAAUUUAUUAAAUUAAUACUAUCUACCUUAUUGUCAGCUUUAGUUUCUUUAGGUAAAGCUUAAAUUGUGCUUUCAUGCCUAAUAUAUUGUGCAAUUUUAUCUGUUUAUUCAGCUUCUGUUAUUUAUUUCUAACCUUUUUAGUAAGUGUUUAUUAAUAAAGUUGAGCUAGUAUCUAAUAUUUUAUCAGUGUUAUAUGUAAUAUCAUCUAUUUGCCUCUAGAUAGAAUUUGAUAGUUAAAACUAAUAUGAUUCUUAUAAAUUAGGUAGAAUAAUAUCAGAAAUAUUUUACUACUUGGUAUUAUUUUUAUAAAUGAUCUUUUAUAUCUAUAUAACAGUCUUGAUUAUUGGAUCAGUAUUUUACACUUCAAUUUAAGGUAUUCGUAGAAAGAGAUUUUUCUAAAGAAUAAUCAGAUUAUUUCCAUCUCUAAAGCUUUACAUAUACUCAAAACAGUUAGAAAUUAAUCUUUAAAAAUUUAGAAUGGUAGUAAGGAAUUGUAUAAUUAAUCAAAGCUUUUAGCCCAUUAAUGAGUUAGGUGAAAAUUAAGCUCUUAUAAAUAAUUGCGUCAAUAGUUUUUCAGAUACUCAAAUAAUACACCAUUAAAAAUUGUUGUAAUGAAUUUAAUUUUUAGUAUAUAGUAUGAUCUACCAUAAAAGAAAGUGAUAGACAGA